CGUCUAUGAUGGCUCGAAGCGCCGUUCAGUGCGUCGCGACGCUUUUCCCCAUACGUCACGUUCCCGUGUAUCGACGAGGAUUUUACCGCGCCUACGUGUUUACUAAUAGACUCUUAUUUUCAUAAUUCUGUUCUUGGACCCUGGCCCGUUUUAGGCAACAGCUUAAGCAAUAUAUUACGUCCGAACAAAUAAAAGCAAGCAGGACAUAAAUUUCUAUACGGAAAAAUGCCGCAAAUAACCGUGGAAGACGAUUUAUCUUUCACCCUUUCACGAUGUUUCAAAGGAUGAGAAGUUCAAUUUGCUAAGCAUAAAAUGCCGAGUCACGUGCAGUACAUCUCUUGUCCUAACAGGACGAUGAGCGCCUCACCAACCUCCACUCCCGAGGAGUUAGAGAGGAGGGCGUUAAUACAGAGGAACGACCUCCUGUUACACGAGGCGGUCAUUAAAAAUGACGCGGAGGGAGUGAGGAGGAUCCUCAGGGAACCCGUCGAUAUUAAUUCUAGGAAUAAUUAUGGUAGAGCUCCGAUCCAUUGGGCCUCGGCCAGAGGAAACAUCGAAAUAAUGGACAUGCUGUUAAAGGCGCAUUGUGACGUCGAAGCCAGAGAUAAGUAUGGCAUGCGACCCUUACAUAUGGCAGCAUGGCACGGCCAUCCGGACGCCGUUAGCUUACUAAUCAAUUUAGGAGCUUGUACUAACUCUACUACGAAGGCCCAAUACACAUUACUAAUCUGCGCGGCGCGUAACAACCGCGCCGACGUAAUCGACUUCCUGCUCGACACCCUGGAAGAAGUCCAGAUCGACGCGGUCGACGCAGACGCACAAACGGCAUUAUAUCACGCCGCCGCGAACGGACACGCGUGCAUCGUGAAACGGUUACUAGAAAUGGGCGCGAGCUUAGAUAAAAAGAAUAAGGAAAACAAGACCCCGCUGCACGAGGCGUGUCAGGGGGGUCACGCGGAGGUCGCUCAGCUCCUAUUGGCUCGCGAGGCCGACAUGGAGUCACGUGACAGCUCGGAGAACACGCCCCUUCACCUGGCCGCGCAGCACCAACAGAACCGAUUGGUGCAGAUUUUGUUGGACCACGGGGCGGAUCCCGAUAGCGAAAAUCAGAAAGGCAACACCGCCCUUCACAUAGCUGCCAGUUUGGGCAGCAAAGGGAUUUUAGAAUGCCUCCUGCAGCACGGCGCCUCUUUAUCCGUACAAAAUCAAUGCGGCAACACCGCCCUGCACAUGGCUUCCCAGUCAAACGAGCCCGAAAUCGUUCAGAUGCUUAUAAACAAAGGAGCCAAUUUAAAUUGUUUAAACAAGCGACUACAGACGCCGAUCCACAUAGCGGCCGAAAUGGGACACACGGAAGUAUGUAAAUUGCUACUGGGGGCGGGGGCGGACAUCGAGCAGCGCGAGCAGGGCGGCCGGACGCCGCUUUACGUCGCCGCCCGCGGUUCCUUUACCGCCAUCGUCGAUAUGAUCAUCAAAACCGCCCGCUUGGACUAUCCCUCCCACGACGAGUCAACCGACCUAAAGAAGGAAACUGCGAGUCUCAGGCCGAAACUGAGCCGUAGAUGGCGCUCCGCGUCGAAAGACGAAACGAGAGCGAAAGAGUACGAACGCCUCAAGGAGGUCCUGUACAAGUUGGCCUAUAAACAUUUAGGACCCGGGGAGUGGAAGAAAUUGGCCUACCAUUGGUCUUUUACCGAAGAUCAGAUUAAGGCCAUCGAACAUCAGUAUAACGGUCCGUCGAGUUAUAAAGAGCACGGAUUUCGUAUGAUGUUAAUAUGGGCCCACGGACUAAACGCCGAUACAAAUCCCAUCAAGGAGCUCUAUGAGAGUUUGGUAGCAGUCGGUAAAAGGCCUUUAGCAGAUACCAUGCGCAAGAAGAUUGACCAAGAGAAUGAAACGAGACGAAGAGGGCAAACGAAACGAAAGUGUAGCAGAUGUAGUAUAUGCUAAAACAACUGAGGAUGAUGAUCUGCCAAAGCCGAAACCGGUAAAACGAAAUAUCAAAAAAAUCAUCCGGUUGUACCUUUAGAUUUACCCCAUUUCGCUUAGGUGUGUGCUUUUUGAUUCUUGAUAAGAUUCGAAUAGCGUUAGACCAUUGGACCUUUAUAAUAGUUCAACUGUUUAGUGGUGCCUUGUAAGACCAUAUCGAUAUUUCCCGUACAUCUCUACUAGUCGGACCAAAAAUAAGUUUUUUAAAUAUCUUUUUAUAUUGUGUAUAUUCGUAGGGGGCUGUUCUCGUAACAGCCCUAUGGCAACAACGGGUUCCAGUUCCUCACUCAAAAGUUGCCGUCCUAACACUUGUUGGCGCCGUAUUUAAAUGUCAUUACUAGCGGGAAAUUUAAAAAUAUGCAAUAGGGCUUUUAAGAGAACUUUGCCAAUUUAAAGGCCACUCAUUAUAUGCCAAAAUGUGUUUUCUUUGUGAUGUUCUCCUAUGCCAUCCAUGGUAGUAAGUAGAGACUCCUAAACCUUAGGACGAAGACUUUAAAAAUCUGUAUAUUGUACUUAUAUGAACUAAGAUGUGAAAUUAAAUUGUUUUUUAAAAA